AUGGUUGGUGACCGUGAGACAUGUGGCACACCCACCGUCUGUCUGCACACACCAGACGCCUGCCGCUCACUCGCCGCACGGACCAGACUGAGCCAAUUGUCCCGUAACUCUGGGCUCAUCCAUUCAGGCUGCUGUGUUUCCUGGUCCAUCCUGGUUCCACAGAGCUCUUCCCUAAUGCUGAAUGACAGGCAGGCCCUGAUCAAAGCUACUCCCAAGGCCUCCUGUCACCGUCCGGAGGGGCAGAGCAGGCAGCAGUGUGCCCGUGCUGGACGCAAGCCAAGGAUCAGGGAUCAGACAUUGUGGCUGGACUUUAUUAGCUUCAUUACAGAUAAUACACUCUCCACAGUGGACCUCCACCACUGCCAGAUUAUCUGCUCUCUUUGUAGAAUAGUGGCUCUGAGCCACACCACUGAGGAGUCCCGCAGUCUGGAGGUAGCGAAGGUCCACAGUAGUCUCAUCUGA